AUGUCUUACGCCCUGGAAACCAAGAAACGAAAGUUUCAUAGAGUCCUUGAGUCGAUCUCCAAACCUCUGGCCAGCGAUGCAGCUUCGAAAGCUGCAAAGGAUCCCGACAUGGCGGCACACGAACGCCUCGCCACUCCACCAUCGAUCAAGAGAGUUCGGGUCAGCGACGGACCUCUUGACGGGAUAACGUCCAAGACAGAGAUCUCUAAAAUAAUCAGAACCUCCCCCAGUGCCGCGAAUGUCCGUCCCAAUUUCGUUCCCUGGGACCGUGAGCGUUUUCUCGAACGGCUCGAGACGUUCCGCCCGGUCACGCGAUGGUCUCCCAAACCGGCGCCUAUAAACGAGGUCGAAUGGGCGAAACGUGGGUGGUCGUGCACAGAUUACAUGCGAGUUACAUGUGUUGGAGGCUGUGGAAGCUCUGUGGUCGUCAAGCUCCCCGAGGAGGUGGAUGAUUUCGAUGACUUGGACAGUGACAAAGUGCGGGAAAGGAAGGAAGUCCGAGCGAAGGUCGUUGACGAAUACACGCGAAUCUUGGCAGAAGGCCAUAGUGAACAUUGCCCGUGGAGGAACAAGGGUUGCGAUGCCACGAUCCAUCGUCUGCCAUUGACGAAUCCAGAUGUCGCCAUAAGUGCACUUCAUAAGCGCUAUUUGAAGGUCGCCGAUAUGGGAUCUGAAUUGCCCUCCAGAGAGACUAUCGAAAUACCUGAAGGUUUUAAAGUGGAGGAGAUUAUAAAGAUGUUACCACCGGAUUUUCUCCAGCGGCAGGAAUCCACAUCGACUACAGUCGAGCCUGGAGCUUCUCGCGAACAAAGUCAAGAAGAUGGACAGAAAUCGGCAGAAACGGAUAAUGUCGAACGACAGAUCGAUGAGACGGCCUUUGCUUUGGCGUUCUUUGGCUGGGAUGUCGUGAAAGACGGUUCGAGUGGUCUUCUAGAAUGCCGGGCAUGUUUUAGGCGGUUAGGUCUGUGGCUGUACAAGCCAAAAGAGGACGGGCGGAGUGCAGUCUACAGCAAGCUUUCUGUUACGAACGAGCACAUGGAUUACUGCCCCUGGAUCAAUGGGAAGGCCCAGAGCGGCACUGGGAAGACGACUGAGAAGACGGAAGAUCUCCACUGUGGCUGGGAGAUCCUCGCCCAAAGCAUCAAGACGAAACAUCGCCGUCGUGUCAGAUCCAUGUCCACUUCUGAGAAGCUUCACGUGGAUUCCGACGUCAGCUCCGUCGAUUACACCGCUGUCGACGAAGAAACGCAAAAGGCUAAAGACAGAGAAUGGUGGUCGAAACUCCGGCGAGUGAGAGAGGCUCUCCAUGUCAGGGCCCACAGAAAGUCAGUCUCUAGCAGCAAAUCACGAUGA